UCUACCUCCCUUUACCCCCCUCUCUCUCUUUCCCUCGCUCUCCCUACAUCCCGCCUCUUGUCUAAAUCCACAUUCCCCCAUCUCUCCUCUCAUUCACUAUUUACCUCUCUCUGCCGUGCGUUCUUCCUCCUCUCUCUCUCUCUCUCUCUCUCCCACUCUCUCUCUAUCUCUAUCUCUCUAUCUCUAUCGCUGCACCAGUCGACUGCUGUAGCUUCACUCUACAGCUGUCAGGAGGUGCAGCAAGUCGUCCUCUCCCUCUCUCACUCCCUCUCUAUCUCUCUCUCUCCCUCUCUCUCUCUCUCUCCACACUCCCUCUGCGUGUCUCUCUCUCCCUCUUGCUGUCCCUCCCCUCCCCGUUCUGGUGGAGAUCUUCAAAGCCUCCCAGCACACGCGUAGCUCAGCACUACACACCGCUCUCCUGCGUGGGAAAACAUGUCUGCCAUUCUGGAUCUGGACCAGAUCGCCUGCUCCGGGAACGGGGCGGAGCAUGACAUCGAGACUCCGCAUGGCGUCCUCCAUGUGACCAUGAGGGGAGUGCCCAAGGGCAACCGGCCAGUCAUCCUCACCUACCACGACAUCGGCCUCAACCACAAGUCCUGCUUCAACACCCUGUUCAACUAUGAGGACAUGCAGGAGAUCACGCAGCACUUCGCCGUGGUCCACGUGGACGCCCCUGGCCAGCAGGAGGCGGCCCCCCCAUUCCCCACCGGCUACCAGUACCCAACCAUGGAGCAACUGGCCGAGAUGUUACCCUCCGUUAUGACUCAGCUAAAGGUCAACAGCGUGAUCGGCAUUGGUGUGGGAGCGGGGGCUUACAUCCUCUCUCGCUUCGCUCUGAAUAACCCCACCCUGGUGGAGGGCCUGGUGCUGAUCAACGUGGACCCCUGCGCUGAGGGCUGGAUCGACUGGGCUGCCUCCAAGCUGACUGGGUGGACCAGCAACCUGGUGGACAUUGUCAUGGCCCACCACUUUAGCGCCGAUGAGUUGACGGACAACCUGGAGCUCAUUCAGACCUACCGCCUCCACAUCGCCCAGGACAUCAACCAGGACAACCUGGCCCUCUUCUGCGGUUCCUACCAAUACCGCCUGGAUUUAGAUGUCGAGAGGCCACUGGUGGGACAGACCGCUGAAACCAUCAAUACCCUCACGUGCCCCUCACUGCUGGUGGUCGGUGACACAUCACCUGCCGUGGAUGCUGUGGUGGAGUGCAACUCCAGGUUAGAUCCAGCUAAGACCACGCUGUUCAAGAUGGCUGAUUGUGGUGGCUUGCCCCAGGUUGUCCAGCCUGGAAAACUUGCUGAGGCCUUCAAGUACUUUGUUCAGGGAAUGGGCUACAUUCCCUACGUUCUUCUCAGUCACCUGAGCAACGAAUCAGUGUCGUCUGUAGGGAUGACCCGCCUGGCGCGCUCCCGCACCACCUCCUCCUCCAGCAUCGCCUCCAUGGAAAGCAGCCGCAGCCGCAACAACCUCAACAGCCUCCUGGAGGGCAGCGCCACCGGCAUGCUGGACACCCAGGCCGGCCCGCAGACCAUGGAGGUCUCCUGCUAAACACCCCCGCCCCCCGCCCCCACCGACCCUCCGAGCCCCUCCACCCCCCCCAACCUUUCACCCCCCCCCACUCUCUUAGUCGGUACUCCUCCUUCUCCUCCUCCACCCUCACUUCUCCCUCAGGAUAACUGCAAUGUGGGUCCUGUCUCUCUCUCUCUCACUCUCUCUCUGUCUCUCUGUCUCUCUCUCUCUGUCUCCCUACUCCCUCCUCUCUCCCUCUCUCAUCUUAAUGUCUCUUUCUCUCCCUCUCCUUAGCUACUCCCGAGCAGGGGGUACCUGUAAUGAAUUGUGUGCUUAGUUAAGAGGAUUAAUAAAGUUAAAUAUAUUAACAGAAGCAUUUUAUGAAGAAAACAAACAUUCUAAAACGAAUAUACCAUCAUCGUCACAUUCCGUGAGAAGAGAAGGAGAGAGAAAAAAAACACUAUAUUAGCAAUGUAUUGUACAUUUAAAUAAUCCAGUAGAAUAAUCAGCUCACCACUUUUUCUUUCCCUCUGACUCUAUUUGCAUGUACUGUGCAGACGUCAAUUCCCUGUAACCUCUUUUUUUUGUUACCUUGAAGUUUCAUGUUUAAAGACUUUCAAGUCAAGUCCUAAUGUUUGCAUUGUUUUUUCUGAAAAAUGUGUCUUUGAUUUCCGAGGUAUUUUGUUCACACCGGGCCACAGCUGUCCUUUACAAUGCACUAUAACCUGUACAACCAGACGUCAGUGUGCCGUGGCUGAGAUGUCAUUCACUGUACAGAAGAACACCGUUCGGGCUUUUAUUUAUCUGUGUCUGAGGCAAUUCGUGGUAAGGCUAACGGUAUUAAUUCUUUGUAAUGUCAAUAUGACACUUACAAUACGCUCAACAUACAAAAAUUAAAAAAGCUAUACGUGAAUGAAUCAUGGGCCGGUAUAGAUUCGACACGCGUUCAUUUUAUACUUUAUUUUUUUUCACUCUUUCCUGUUAUGCACUAAUAAUUGUUGUUCAGUUGAACUAGACCUGUACCAUCCAACUGGUCACACCUUUGAUUAAAACCACCAUAUAAGUGGGUUCUGAUGUGGAAUAUGACCUAUAGAAGUAUAUAAACAUACAAGAUACACGUUCAGUCCAUCACUGUGGAGCCCAGUGCUUCUUAAUGUCUGCUGAUUCUCAACUCAUUUAUACUACUACUAAAUAAAGCUGCAAGAUGACUUAAA